CAGCACGUUCCAUUUCUCACCUACUUACCGGUCCAUCGGAUUUCGAAAUAUAAAGGUGAUGAUUACUCCACAAGCAAAGCCACUCAUUCUUUGGAUGUUGAAAUAUAUAAUUUGUGGUCUAUAAAAUACACGCAUCCAUAAUCAUCAUAUAUCAAUAGAUUACGUAUAAAAUUAUACAUAUUUACGAAAAUGGUGGUCAAACUAUAUGGGCAGAUAAAAGCAGCUAAUCCACAAAGAGUAUUGCUCUGUUUUUUGGAGAAAGGCAUCGAGUUUGAAGUGAUUCAUGUCGAUCUCGAUCAACUUGAGCAGAAAAAAACAGAACAUCUUCUCCGUCAGCCGUUUGGUCAAGUUCCAGCUAUUGCUCAAGCUUUUCUUCAACUUCAAGAGUCGCGAGCCAUAGUGAGGUACUACGCGACAAAGUAUGCGGACCAAGGAGCGGACCUCUUGGGCAAGACUUUGGAGAAACGAGCCAUUGUUGACCAGUGGGUGGAAGUUGAGAAUAACUAUCUUUACGCUGUGGCUCUACCCUUAGUUAUUAACGUCGUCUUUAAGCCCAAGUUUGGUGAGCCAUGCGACGUCACUUUGGUUGAGGAGCUAAAGGUCAAGUUCAAGAAGGUCCUCGAUGUGUAUGAGAACCGAUUAGCUACGAACCGGUACUUGGCCGGUGAUGAAUUCACAUUGGCUGAUUUGACUCAUAUGCCCGGUAUGAGAUAUAUCAUGAAUGAAACCAGUUUGAGCGGUUUGGUUACGUCUCGAGAGAAUGUUAACCGGUGGUGGAAUGUGAUUUCGAUUAGACCGGCUUGGAAGAAGCUCAUGGAUUUGGCUGCCUAUUAAAUUAGUUCAAGUUUACAUGGAUGGUGGAUGGUGCUGAUGAUGAUAAUUAUAAUGUGGUAUUUGGACCAAAUUAAGUAAAAUUGUUUUUUUCAAAUAAAGUUAAAUC